GGAGGUCUUCAGUUCUAGCUAGCGAGGAAUUUUACUGAUAAGGAGAAAGAAAUGGCAUCUUCGAUGAUUUCAUCGCCCACCAUCGCCGCCGUUAGCCGUGCCACCCCGGCUCAAGCCAGCAUGGUUGCACCUUUCACCGGCCUCAAGUCCACCUCAGCUUUCCCGGUCACCCAGAAGAGCAACAGCGACAUUACCUCGCUUGUAAGCAAUGGUGGAAGAGUGCAAUGCAUGAAGGUGUGGCCUCCACUUGGAUUGAAGAAGUUUGAGACUCUUUCCUACCUUCCACCCCUCAAUGCCCAGCAGUUGGCCAAGGAAGUAGACUACCUUCUUCGCAAGGGUCUGAUUCCUUGCUUGGAAUUCGAGCUGGAGCACGGGUUUGUGUACCGUGAGAACAACAGAUCACCAGGAUACUAUGAUGGGCGGUACUGGACCAUGUGGAAGCUGCCAAUGUUUGGGUGCAAUGACUCGUCCCAGGUGUUGAAGGAGCUUGAGGAGGCCAAGAAGGCUUACCCCAAUUCCUUCAUCCGAAUCAUUGGAUUCGACAACAAGCGUCAAGUGCAAAUCAUCAGUUUCAUUGCCUACAAGCCUGCUGGCGUCUAAUUUACUUAAUUAAUCUCUAUAUUUGUCCGCCGAUUUAGGGGGUCGGUUUGUUUAAAUUGCAUGUACUGUUAGUUUGGCUUUCGAAGGACCCUUUUGUUUUUUAAUUUCUCUUUCAUUUGCGAGACAAUUUGCUUUGUUUUGGAUUUAUGUUUUCCGGAUUCCCGAAGGAAUGGCUGAGAUCCAAUUAAUAAAAGGGUGGUUUCUUGCCAAUUUCCAUAA